AUGGCCAACAAGAGCAACUUCAUGAGUAUAGUACCAUCUUGCUAUUUUACACAACGAUGCACCGUUGGCUUCCUGAGACAUAGGCGACUAUGUCUUGGAGCUCUUUUCUUGACAGCAGGUCUCAUGAUGUUGAUUCAUAUCGAAUCUAUUGUCCAUAUCACCUCGCCUACGUCGGUGGGCCAAAGGGAAGCGUUCUUUGAAGGUCUUGCGUCAUGUCGCAAAGUAAAGCAUCGAACUCAUGGGCAUCAAUCUCCCUCCACAGAUCGGAAAAACUCACGAUGGAACCCGAUUUCUGGCCAACAGACACCAGUUGUCCUCAGGAAUGCAACACUUUUCGACGGUCUGUCCACUCGCAAGGAGGCAGUUGACAUUACUUUUGCAGCUGGCGUGAUCCAGUCUAUAUCAGUUGCAAGAUUCGAUGAUCCGAAUCCUCAGGGUGCUCAAAUUAUCAAUGUUCAUGGAAAAUUGGUCACACCUGGUUUGGUGGACAUGCAUUCCCACCACCUAUUGCUCCCAUUCCCUCAACUCCCAGCCACGAACGAUGUAAACGAGCGUCCAGUACUGGGUCCGAUUACUCCAUUUGUGCGCGCAUUGGAUGGGUUCAAGCCAUAUGACCCGGCGAUCGAAAUUAUUGCAUCUGGUGGUGUAACCUCGUCCUUAAUUCUACCUGGAUCAGCAAACAUUGUUGGCGGCGAAGCAUAUAUGGUAAAGAAUUUACCAAAGCCUGGACCAAAUGGUGAGCUGGUGGUCGAUGAGCUGCUUCUAGAUUAUGGCCUUCCAGAGAAGAGCAGAAAGAGAUACCUCAAGAUGGCUUGUGGAGAAAAUCCAAAGGGAAACUACCAAAACACCAGGCUUGGUCUGGUGUGGCUAUUGCGCAAACAUCUUGAAGAAGCGCGAGAGUUACAGGUGCGCCAAUCUAGUUGGUGCAGAACAGCACUCGAAAUUGAAAAGAGCAUAUUUUCAAAUUCUCGUCGAAUCUCCGAGUUUCUCAAGGACGAAGGCAGACUACCAGAGGUAUUCGAGCUUGAAACUUCGCUCGCACUUUUGAGAGGAGAACUCAAUGUCAACGUGCAUUGCUAUGAGCCCGAAGACCUGGAACGCAUGGUUUCCGUUCUUCACGAAUUUGGUAUCCAUCCUAGCGCAUUUCACCAUGCGUUGGAGGCAUGGCAAGUACCGGAGAUGUUGAAGUCGUUGGAAGAAAAUAUCACCAUUGCGACCUUUGCGGAUAACGGUCUGUUUAAGGCGGAGGCAUACGGUGCCAACCUACGAGGGCCAAAGAUUCUCGCCGAGCAUGGCCUUAAAGUUGCACUAAAAUCGGACCAUACUGGCGAGGAAAACUUCGCAAAAUACCUUGCUUACCAAGCGGCAGUCUCAUAUUCAUUUGGUCUUCCCGAGGACAAAUCACUUCAGGCUGUGACAUCAGUACCUGCCGGUUCCGUACAACAAGAUCAUAGAAUUGGAUAUGUUCGCCCUGGAUACGAUGCAGACCUAGUUAUCUGGAACGAUCAUCCGCUCAAAGUGGGGGCAACUCCGUAUCAAGUAUUCAUUGACGGCCGAGCUGUUCUGAACACUGGUACUGACUCUACCAACUCAAUCCCCAAUGGAUCUGAGUAUGUUGGAAGCCAACUAGCGCCAAAAAUGCGACCAUCUAUUGCCCAGAGCCAGAAAGAAGACAUCUGUACUGCAGUCCAACGUCCAAGUUCAAGGGUGCUUUUCACUGGGAUCCAAAAGGUUUGGAUCAAUACAGCCAAGAAGCUUCCGCAAUCCACAACGGAGCUUGUUGCACUGGUUGAGGACGGUGAACUCAAGUGCCUUGAUGAGAAAUCUGCAUGCACCUCUUUUGAAUCAAGCCAAAACGAUCUCACACACAUUGCAUUGAAGAACGGGCACAUCACCCCUGGCCUUGUGGCUUUUGGAAACGGGCUUGGAAUUCAGUCCAUUCCAUCUGAAAGCUCAACCGGUGAUGGGUUGCCUGGCAAGAAUGGGGAUUCGCUCAAUGAGCAGGCGGCGCUUCACUUCGCUAAAUAUGGUGUGCAUCUUCACGACAGGGCAUUAGCGAGAGCUAGACUCGGAGGUGUUACGAAAAGCAUUACUGCACCGCAAAUUGGCGAAGGAAUUAUCCAAGGAGUCAGUGUUGGACUGAGAACCAGCGAAAAUGCCACGAUUCUGGAUGGCGCUGUGUGGAAGGACGAUGUUGCGCUUCAUUUUGUGAUAGGACAAGUAGCCAAAGGUGGUGACACACCAACGGUAUCUUCGGGGAUCGAGAAAUUGCGUCAGAUACUCAAAUUAGGCGAGACAGAUGGCCAUAGCAUCUAUUCUCAGGCUGCGAGCGGCUCGCUCCCUGUGGUUGUGCAGGUCUUCAACAGCGUAAGUUGGUUUGAUGUCAUGAGUCCUUCCAAACAGCAUGAUUCAAAAUUGACAUUGUUGAAUCAGGAUGAUAUUGCCCAGUUGAUCUUGGUCAAGCGUGAGUUCCGUUCAGUCAACCUCAUUAUCUACGGAGGUCACGGCGCUCCUCUGGUUGCAAAGCCCCUGGCAGAAGCGGGCAUUCCAGUGAUCCUUACUGGUAAUCGAGGCGCUCCUGUGAAUUGGGAGAAGAACAAGGCUCUCACAGGACCUCCGUUGACGCAGAGUCCGGCCAAAAUCUUGUCCGAUGCCGGGGUUCUAUUGGGUUUGGCAGUGAAGAGCGAUUCAAAGGUUUGGGGCCUGGCGCAGGAGGCUUGGUGGGCCGGCAAGUAUGCAGGACUGACUGACCAGCAAGCCAUCUCUCUUGUAUCGACCAAUAUCGAGAUUAUCCUGGGCAUCCGGCCAAAAGCAAAGGUAGCGAAUAGCGCGAAGGGGCAAGUCUAUUCUGGUGAUUUUGUCAUCUGGGAAGGUGAUCCCUUGAGGGGAGAGGGCUCUGUCGUCGUUAGUGUACAAGAUGAUGGGAAGAUCGCUGAUUGCUGGCCUGAUACAGCACAUGCCGUGUUGUGA